ACUGACAUCAGGAGGCAGUAAGCAUUCGCCAUCAGACGCGGAUGGAGUGUUGACUUUAAACUCGUAUUAAAAUACGAGUCAGGUGUAUCAGUGUGAGUGUGUUAUAUAUAAUAGCAAAAAGACAAAGUGAAAAUGGCGUAGCUCCGUCUCUUCUUAUUGCAACACUAUUAUUUAAUUCAAUCGAUCGUAAUGACUUGUUAAUAUUAUAAAAACCGGUUUCAUGUACACGAAUCCGGCCAUUUUUUACACUUAUUUAUACGCAAUCGCCGUAACACUGUGAUGACAUUUUAACAGACGGAUUCUGGCUUUAAAUAUAUAUAACUAAUAUAUAUUUUACACAGAUACCUAUAUAUUAUUCUACUUGUCCAAUCUAAGGAGGAGUCUAGUUAGCUGUCACUUGUAUUUCGGAGUAUUUUUAUUCUUAAAAAUUUACGAGCAACCAACCAUUUUAUUUUAUUAUACUUUAUCGUGGUAUCACAACAAUAAUAACAAUAACAAUCAAUUCCCUCGUCAUCGUCGUCACAAUAAUUAAUCGACAACAAUAAAUGACGUUACUGUAAUUAUGUAUAUUUAUUGCGUUACAUACAUACGUGUUAUAAUAACGACAAGGAUAUUAACUAUUUUUUUCUGAGGUGAUAUAAAUAAUUUAACAAGUGCUACUGUAAAUUAAUUAAAAAUUAAAGACAGUGAGUGAGAUGUCAUAAGUAAUGCUCCAAAAGUAAAGUAAGUGGUGAAAAAAAAAUAUAUCCUCGUCCUCGUGACAGCUUAUGACGGCCACCCUGACCACAGAUAUCACAAGAUGGCACCACCAGGAUUUUGACAUUUCAUAUCAUAUAAUUAAAUGUACCAAUUUAAUUUACAAGCAUCAAAACCAAAACGAACAUCUGAAUCCAACAUUGGAAAUUAUAUUCCCAAGGAUUUUAUUGACAGAGUUUAUUGUCAUUAUCGAUGUAAAAAUAUUUAUCUUGAUUUAUUUGGUUUGUUUGUUUCGCCUCAGGGUUACUCCUGGUGUAUUAGGAGCAGAGAAUUAAACGUAACUCGUACUCCAUACGCACAUCCGCAGUGCGGAAGCAGUACCGGCGACUUAGUAGUGAGUCGGGACCAAAGUGGCAUGGACUGCAUGCCCCUGCGGCCAGAGCAUUUUGACUACUUAUUAAGCGAGCAGGCCAAGUCCCGACUGGCCCUCCGGGAGCUGCAGCAUGAGGUCGGUGCCCUUCUCGAGUUCCGGGACCUCGUCAUCGAGACGUUCCCAGACCUCCGGCACAAGAUGGCGGCCUCCGCGACGGCAUCGGUGAUCUCCUCACCGAACUCGGGGAACUCGGGGAGCACCGCCCGACGAACGGCCGAAUGGGAACCAGGGAAAGUCAGACGGAGGAUAGCCGCGGCUCCCCGGGAGUCCGAGACCCCUACUUCGUUGCCGAGGAGCCGCAGCAACUCCCACAGCGGGGGCAGCAAGAACAGUGCCACCGUCCAGGACUCGGGCUUCAGCACCGAGACCUCCUCCAAGGACAGCGCAUCGACGGCGAUCCCCCUGAUCAGGCCGGCCUCCCCGAGUACCAACACUACCAGCGUCACCAACACCUCCAAGCCCGUUCUCGACGAGGCCGAAGAUGAGCUCUGGAACCUCCUGGACGUGAUCCACCGCAAGGGCAUCAGGUUACGGGAGGAAGUUGAGUCGCUCCAAGGUAGGAUAGAAAGUUCUCCAGCUCCAGACGAUCUUAUUGCUGGGGAUGUUUUGGAGGCUGUGAAAAGAGUUACUUCGUCCUCUUCGACGACUAUCAGCACCACUGAUGAAGCAACUCACGAUAAAACUGAUAAUAUUAGUAAUAUUAAUUGUAAUAAUAAUUUUAAUGAUAAUGAUAAUAAUAACAAAGCUCAAGCUCAAGUAGUCGAAAGAUUAACCCAUGAAAGAGAGCAGCUGCUGGACAAGGUAGCAGCGCUGGAAGCUGAAGCAAUAUCUAGUAGGACCCGCACCCAGCAAUUACAAUCAGAAGUUGCUGAACUCGCCGCCAUAAAGACCGACCUUGAGGACCGGCUAAGGGGCCUCACAGAGAGACCCGAGUGUGAAUUUCUGACGCUAAAGUCCCCAGAGUCUCCGAGCAAAAAGUCCCCUGUCAACACCACCACCAUCACUAGGUCCAGUAAGUCGACUGCGCAUAAAAGCAGGUUUCGCACCAGGACCAUUGAAAAGAAUGUCCUCGCUAAUGUUCCGAUUACCACCGAGGAGUUUGAUCCUGAUGCGGCGGUCCAGGAAAGACGCGUCAGGCUUGGAGCGUUGGACUCUAUUCUUGUGUCCCCGACGAGGGUCGCUCAUGUGUCUGGAGUCGAUCGGCAUAAGAUUGCUGCUAUUUUAAGGGAACACUCUCCGCUUGAGCUUCAACGACAUCUUAUUACUUCUACCGUCCAUAAUCAGUGCCUGCAAAAAAGAUUAGAUGAGGUGCAAAAGAGCACAGAAACUCUAUCCGAACGUUUAGAUAAAGCGAGAGAAGAAAAUGAUGACUUGAGAUUUCAGCUUGACAGACAAAAUAUCGAGUUGGAAGGAACCAGAGCGUUGGUGCGCGUGCUGGAGAAGCAACACCAGCAGCUGCAACCGGUCGAUGGUGAUCCAGAGUCCGAAGUAGAGACUCGCGAGCCUUGCUGCCUAGAAGCUGGAAGCAGCACCGAGUCAGCGCGAGACCACCAUCAGCCAGCAACAGUCAGUUUGAGCCAAGCUGGAACGACUCUGCAUGAAGCAGUAAAACCCUCACCCAGGAGACGGCCUCCUAGUCGCAUUCCCUUGCCGGACUCCUCGACAAAGUCAGCCAUCUUGUCGACACUCUCCUCAUCGGCGCCUUCCAGAGCCUCUUACUCGGCCCUCACCAACGGCAAGAGCGAGAGCCGGGAGUCUCUGAAGACCUCGCUGAAGUCCUUGACCGCGAAACCCCCGAGGGACUCUAGUCGUGACAGCUUCACCAGCGGGCAGAAUCCCAGCGCCUCCAAGUCGCUCUCAGCAAAGACACGGGACUCAAGUCGCGAGUCGCUGAACAAAAGUCUACCAAAAAAUCCGAGAGAAUCUAACAGCCGGGAAUCUUUAUCGAGAUCUUCUUUGCCGAGGAGCAAUAAUUCAGCAACAGCUCGUGAUUCUCUCAGCAGAUCAUCUCUGUCACGCGCCCGGGACUCGCUCGAGUCAGCUCACACCAAUCUGAUGAAUUCAGCCGCAGCCAACAACAACAAUAAUAAUAAUGUUAAUAGCAAUCAUAUUAUUAAUGGUAGUCACCAACAAUCAUCAACAUCGACAUCUAGCACAAGUUCAUCUUUAAGAAGGCCACUGGCUCCGGCCCGUCGUUCCCACAGUUUAGCACGCGUCUCUAUUGAUACAGAUACAACCGGCAAGGCUCUGACGGACCCACCGUCAUCAUGGUGCUCGUCGAGCAGCGGCUUUCGACUCAGUGACUCGUCGCUGUGCCCAGAUUCACUGAAUCCAGAUGAUAACGACUACAGCAAUACAGCAACAUCGAUAACUGGAUCAACGAAAAUAGAGUUUAUAAUCGGCUCACCGACGCGAAGAUUCAAAUCAACCGUCCCCUGGCAGAGUAAUCAGCAGCAUCAGCACAUAAACCAUCAGCAGUACUUUGAUAGUAUCAAUUCGUCGACUGGGACUGGUGGUAUGGCGCCAGAAAGUCUCAUGACUGAUGAAUUUCCACCCCGCAGUGGCGAAGCGCUCGCCGAGUGCGAUUCAUUGGAUGAUAAUCCUAUUUCUAGUGAAGAUUAGUUUUUUUAUUUGCCUCUUGAGUGCUACUAGGAAUUUUUUGGAUUGUAAUUGUAAAAUUAUUCUCUAUAUUUAUCAUCAAAAUUAUUGGAUAUUUUUUUUUUAAUGGAAAAAAUUUCUUAUU